AUGUCUAGCACGAACUCACCUCACGUCUUCUCUCUACAUCAAGUAGGAGAGAAACGACCGUUUCGGAAGCACAAAAUGCCUCCAGACGUAUAUCCACAAGAUCCGAAGCAAGAAGAAGACAGUAUGAGCACGGAACGAUUGAGACGAGGAUUUAUGUGCCAAGUACCAAGUUGUGAAUGGGAGAAUUAUACGACAAAGGUAUGUUUUUGUAUCUUUUUUGUGUUUUUCCAAGUUUAGGACAAAAGACUGAACGUUGAUGUUUAGAACAGUCGAAACAUGGACGAUGCGUUGGCUAGAGCUUCGAAAUUGAUCAAAAAUGUCAUUCAACAGAAGGAUGAACAUAAUAAGUUUCAAUUGGAUAAGAAAAAACAGAAAGAUUACACGUUUUUGAUGCUGAAUAACACUAAUGUAAGUUCUAGAGGUGGACUCCCUCUAGAGCUAGGUUAAGAUGCUUUUGUUAAUUAAGCGAAAAUAAGUUGAUUUAGGACUUAAAGGUUUAUGAUUUUAGUUAAAGACGUUAAUUCUACAGCUUUUAAGUUUAUAUUCAGUGGCUUUUGACUUAAAGAAAUAUAAUUUAUAGCUUAUACUGUUUUAGGUAUUAAGCGUGUAACAUAAACUUGACUUUUUUGAAAGCAGUGUAGUUUUAUAUUCUGGAACUUUGAAAAAUAGUUAAUUAUGAUAAUUUAGCUAUUUUUUAAUUUGGUUACUUAUAGCUACUAACGCAUCAAUUUAGAUUAAUAUUGUGUUAGACACUACUUGUAUAAAAAAACUAAUUUCAGGUCCCAAAAGAAAAGACAAAUUGGUAUGAUGAGUUAGCUAAAGGACGAUCAUUAGCUGCUUUAGCUAAAAAGUUACCUAAUAUAAAGAAGGAUGGUUUGGAAAUAUUGUUUCAAUCGAAAGUACCAAUCCCGAGAGCUAUCUGGUGCUUGAAGAUGAAUCAAAUCGGAUUGAUGAUUCAGCAAGCUCAACCAAAUCGAGGAAAGAAACAGUUGGAUCAGAUCAAAACUGUAGCAUCUUUCUUCAAGGCUCAACUGAAGAAGUUGGACAGUGUUCAAGUGAGUUCGAUAUUGUAGUAGGGGUUUGGUGGAUGAAUAUGGUUUUUCAGAGAAAUUUUUAUGUUUUAAAGUUGGUUUUGAGUUGUAAAAGCUUGUGAGGGUGUUGAUGAAAAUAUUUUAGAUAAUUUUUAGCUUUUCUUCAUUCAUUUUUACCUAAUUUUAGCUCUCCCAGCUCGACUGUACUCAAAUUUAUCAACGCUGGCCCUAUUACAAUAUGUUGUUCAAGAACUGUUUCGAAGAAGGUGUUUUGGAUCGUCAGGAGUUCCUGUUCGAGCUUUGUGAUCUCCAAACAGAAUAUAUGAAUUUCGCUUUGGACCGAUCUCAUGUUUUUCGACUUUUGAUCAAUUUUACCUCGAAUUUUAUUGAUUAUGUUACUCAAAAUGUAUUUAUAUCGCGAAGACUUGGCUAUAUUUGUGCGUAUCGACUGGAGAAGUAUAUUACAGAGCAUGAGAAGAAGUUUGGGUAAGGUUUUUAGUUUAUUUUUGUUGUUUUAGGGGUUGUUUUUGGAAGGAAAUCAAGAUGAGGUCAUGGAUAAUAUAAUUUUUGAUUGAAAACUGAUGUUUUUGGACUAAACUUGAUGUAUUAGACUAUGACAAAGAUGGUUAUCAGAGCGACAAGAAUUUUUUAAUACCUAAAAAGCUGUUUUCAAGCCUAGAAAUUAAGAUUUGAAUCUCAAAAUCUUUGUUUUUCAGUACAAUAUCCGACUACACCGAAGUUAUAAAUGAUUUCGAUGCCUGUUCAGCUCAUAGAAAUAUUAUUCUGAUUCUAAGUGGCAUUCUAAGAGCCCUGAUAAUUGAUUGUCCAGCAGCUUUUGUGUGGAACCCAACUGAUGUCAAGUCAGGCUCUCCAGAGCAACUAGCUGGCUCACCUUUGGACAGAUUCCCAAGGAUCGAACCUUUCCUGGUUGAUAACUAUUUUCCACCGAUCACGAGAGCUAAGGACAUUUUAAAACGCAGACUUCAUGAAAUUCGAAGCCGAAGCCAGAAUGUGGAGAACAAAUGGGCCAGAGAGAGUGGGAGCCAAAAAGGAUUUUGUAGGUUAAUAUAUUGGGUAUAGUUAGUGUUUGAGCUAAUAUAUAGAGAGUUAAAAGUGAUUUCAAAGAAGAAAUAGCAUGUUGGUCACGUAUUGGGUUCAUAUAGACAUUUUGAAUUAGUUUUGACUAUUUUCGGGAAAUUUCAGGUUUUCGUGGUGGGACCAAAAACAGUUUUCUAUUUUCUUAUUUUAAAGCAAUUAUAAGGUCUUUAGUUUAAAAACGUGUUUUUAAGUUUAAAAUACGGAUUAUUUAUAAAAUUGGAAUCUUUUUCAACUUUCUUUCAGGCCGAAUAGUCAACUUGUGCAUAAAUGUUGUGGCAGCACUGGAUUCCUUCGAUGUUACCACGCCAAAUGCCUACAAGAAUCUCUAUCGUUCAGUGUUCAAUGAAGGCUUUAGUGGGUCUCUGGAUUCUGAUGUAAGUUUGAAAGGAUUGGUCUUUACUUUUAUUCAUUUCAGCACCAAACAGACAUGGUAUUCCGGGUCAAGUCGUGUCUACAAUGGGCAAUAACCAACGAACGAGAAGGCUCACACCGUGCCUUAGUCGUAGCCAAACUGUUUUCUCUUCGAGAAUCCGUAUGUGAAGUCAAAAACAUUUCAUCGUUUGCUGGUUUCAAACUACAAGACCUUUUGAUUGACUAUAUCAACCAUGAGAUGCCGAAAACCGACCAUGAGAACUUUAGAAAGGAGUACGGUAACUUGAUCCAGGUCUUCUUCGAACUUCAACGAAUGGGCCUGUUUGAUCAUGAUGCGUAUGUUAGAAGUAGGUCUUAUGAUUUAUUUCCGGUAUAGAAUGAUCGGUUUUAAUAAUUUUUACAUUUUUUUUGAAACUUGCUAAAAUUUUUUUAUCGACCGGUCGAAAAAAAUUUUGUUACUUAAAAAAUUUUUUUUGAAACAAGUGUUAUUUUUGAGGUUUUAAUAACUUUUGGAAACAUUUUUUGGGGUUUAAUAAAAGGUUAAAUUAUCGACCGGUCGAAAAAAUUUUUUUGGAAAAAUUGAAAUUUUUGAAAAUUUAUGACAUUUUUAUGUACCCUAAAUGAGAAAAUCAAAUUUUUAUAAUCUUAAAACUUUAUUUUCAUAGGUUUGUUACGAUGCGGACACCUAACAACCCCAAUCAUGGUGAAGAUUGCCGAACUGAACCCAAACUCAUUUUCACCAACAAAAUCCAUUGAUGAAUCGGAACGCCAAGACACUUCAACACCAGUUAAACCUGACCUGAGCAGUGGAGUCAUUUCCUUCAUCCCACCUGUCGAUAACUCACCAAUGCCUGUGCUACAGAAGCCAAAGUGUGAUAGGUAGGAGAGGGGUGAUAAGCUUUGCUGGAGCGUUGGUUUUGAGUGUUUUUGGAUUUUUUGAUGUUUGGAUAGGGUAAUUAGGGGUCUAGGGGUUGUUUUGAGGGAUUUUGGGGGCAAAAGUGAAAAAAAAUUUUUAGGUAACAAAUUUUUUUUUGAAAUUUUUUUUAAUUUUGUGGUUGAAAAAGAUAAAAUAUGUCAUUUUAUAGGUUAUAGGAGGUAUGAAAUUGAGAAAGGUUACAAAAAUGUGUUUUUUCGAAAAAAAAAUUUUAGGUAACAAAAUAUAUUUUUUUGAAAAUUUUUGAAAAAAUAAGAAAGACUAGGUCGAAAAAUGCCAUUUCUAAUGUUAUGUAGGUCUACAAUUUGUUUUUUUCGUAUUAUUAAAGUGUUUUUUAAAAAAAUUUUUAGGUAACAUUUUUUUGAACUUUUAAAAUUUGGCUAAUACCUUAGGCAAAAAGAAUUUAUUGAGUUAUAAUUGACUAAAAAUGUCCUAUUUUAAAUGCCUAAUUUAGCCCAUGGAAGAACCGCCAAGCCUCGGACGACUCGAUGGACGUUGAUGACAAGAAAGAAGAAAUGGCAUGGCUCUUACCCGAAGCAGCGCUAAGUUCAGAUGAACACAUCUUCUUGGACAAUCCACCAGGGCUGACAGUUCAUGAACGAUUUUUGCUACAGCUACCGGUUGAGCAGGUGGGUUUUUAUUUUUAAAAUUUUGGAAUUUAAAAAAUUUUUUUAUCGGCCGGUCGGAAAAAAUUUUGUUACCUAAAAAAUUUUUUUGGUUGAAGUGUCAUUUUAGGGAUUUUAGUAACUUUAGGCAACGUUUAUUGCAUUUUAUGAACGGUUAUUUUAUCGACCAGUCGAAAAAAAAUUUAUGCAAGAACUUUCUUUACAAAAUUUAAAUUUGAAAAAUUUGAACUUUUGCCAAAAAUUGCAAGAACUUUCUUUACAACACAUAUUUUUAGCUAGAGGAAAACAGAGAAUCUCGAAAUCAACGCCUCUCUUUCAUCUAUGGCACGUCAACUGAAUGGGACUCGGCCAAAGCCCAGUUGAACCAAAUCGCGGCCGAAAUUUCGAAAAUUUGGCAGAAAAAGAACUGUUUCCAAUUCAAAGCCGGUUCCACCGAGUUCGGCCUCAAAAUCCGAACGAAAAGCGAUGAAUGCGCAGAGUUUAGACAGCUAACCUACAAUGAUCAAGUUGUUGUAGUAGGCAAAUGCGUGGACAGCUUCAUGGCCGCGAUCUACGAAUUUUUGGACCGCAAAACAAUCCACAUUCCGACCGCCGAAGGCCUGGACGUGAUCUGCAUGAUGAUGGAAGAGUGUAAAUACUACGCUGGGAUAGUGGAAUUGGCAACAGAAGUAAGGAAUCAUGGUUUAUAUUUUUGCACGGUGCACUCAGGUUUUUAAAUUUGGUUGUAGUUUUAAAAUGACUUUUUAGAAUUGUGAAAAAGGGGUUAGAGUGGAUUUUAUGGACUUUUUGAAGUGUGUUGUACAAUUUCUAAGAUUAUUUUUUGGCUAGUAUUACUGUAACUUAAUUUUGGAGUGUGGGGACUGCACGGUGCAAGGAAUUUACAAAAUGAAGCAAAGGAGGGGAAAAACUAGCUAAAUUUAAUUUUAUAGCUAAUUUUAAGAAUAAUUUACGGUUUUUAAAAUUUUACGUUAGCUAGGAUUACUGUAAUUUAAAAUUUUGUUUUCGGGCUGCACGGUGCAGAAUUUUGAAGCUUAAUGACAUUUUUGAUAACUAUAUUUGAUUUUUAGCUAAUUUCAACCCUAAAAGACAUUGAAGAAUACAUAGACAGCUUCGAAUCCGACUACAUGCCUGGCUUCAUUGCAUCACAAAUGGCAUACGUGAUAUGCUCCUACUUGGCAGCACAUUCUGACUACUUCUUCUGUUCAAAAGAGGCUCCAGAGAUUGUGGCUAGGUAGGGAUUGGAUGUAAAAUACGUGUUUUUCAUAUUCAAUGAUUUUAGUGUUAUUGUUUGUUUUAAAAAUUUAUGUUGUAGUAGGUAUCGAACAUUGCUUUUGAUGAAAAAAUGCCAAUUAUUGUCAUUUUUUUGGACAGAACUUUGAGUUUAGACUGAUUGUGAAGGAAAAACACGUUCUAAAAAACAAGCGUAGUACAACAAUACCGAUGGUUAUGUUUUAGUUUGCUAGAAACCUUUGAUCAAGCCAUCCGCGGCCAAGGCUACCCUCAAACCGGCUGGUCUCGAGCAGUAAUUCAAUUUAUCUGGAACACAAGGACACUACUCAUAGAUGCUAAGCUAGCCACACCAGACCAGCUACCAGCCAGAAAGCAGGAUUUCAGAAGGAAUUUCCACGAAGAUCUACCAAGAACCUCACCAGAGACAUUAAAGUACAACCCAGAGCUAUGCAUGGACAUGCUAGAGGGAGUUAAACGCGUUUUUGACUACGAAUUGUACAAAUUACAUCUACCCAGCAUUGAGGAUGAUCACAGUAGAUAUAGCUUCGUAUGUAAUGUGUUCAAAAAGGCAUUGGAACUGAAAAAUGACACGGAAAAGUGAGUUUUUGGGGAAAAAUGAGGGGUUUGUAUUAGAUUUUUGAAGUUUUUGUGCCAUUUUUAAUGUGAUAAAGGUGGAUAUUUUGUAUCAAAAGAUGUAGAAUUGAAUGGAGAACCUAAAUGAUCCAAUGAAAGUUCAUUUUUGGGUUUUUAAAAUGACGUUUUUGGGAUGAAAAUGAAGAUUUUUUGGCCGAAAAUCAGGGAUUGUUUAGGACUUUUGAAGUUUUUGUGCUAUUUUUAAUAUGAUGGAGGAUAAUAGUUUGUAUUAGAAGAUGUAGAAUUGAAUGGAGAACCUAAAUGAUCCAGUGAAAGUUCAUUUUUGGGUUUUUAAAAUGACGUUUUUGGGAUGAAAAUGAAGAUUUUUUGGCCGAAAAUCAGGGAUUGUUUAGGACUUUUGAAGUUUUUGUGCUAUUUUUAAUAUGAUGGAGGAUAAUAGUUUGUAUUAGAAGAUGUAGAAUUGAAUGGAGAACCUAAAUGAUCCAGUGAAAGUUCAUUUUUGGGUUUUUAAAAUGACGUUUUUGGGAUGAAAAUGAACGUUUUUUAGCCGGGGGAAUAGGGGUUUGGCUUGAAUUUUUUGAUCUUUUGUGCCAUUUUUAAUAUGGUAGAAACAUGUAGUAGGUAUCAAAAGAUCAUGAAUUGAAUAGAGAAGCCAUUGGUUUAAAAUUUAAUUUUUUGAAUUAAAAAUGCGGUUUUUGGGGCUUAAAAUUGUGUUUUUUGGCUGAAAAUAGGAAUUUUUGGGGGUAUACUUAGGAUUUUUCAAAUUUUCAUGCCAUUUUUAAUAUGACAUAGUAACAAAUUUAUUAUCAAAAGAUUCCAAACUAAAUAACGAAUAAAUAUUUUCAGGUUAACCGAGCUAGCCAACUUCUGUUCCCACGUAGCAGCUCAAAAACAUAUGGCAUCAACCUUCUACAACUGCAUCCUCGAAAUGUGCUACCCAAAUCAGUCGAAGAAGAUGUUCCUAAAGGAAAUCGGCUUAAACAUGGACGAUAUUGGCAAUCACUACUCAAUGUCAACCUUUAUUUUACUUUUGGCAGCAAGAUAUUGCUUUAGUGUUCAUGUUCUGACGCAUAUGUUAAUAUAUCAAGUGCUAGUGCCAAUCAUUCAGGAUGAUGCGCAAGCUCCAAGAAUAAGUAUGUGGUGGUUUUUUUCGAUUUGAGGGAGUGUAUUUUGGGGUGGGGUGGUUGGAGGGUGAAGGGGAUGGGGUUUGAAAGGUUUCAAUUGAUCUUCAGGGUUUUCGUGGUGAUACCAGAAAUUUUAAAAUAAUUUUUUUUAUUUUUGAGAAUAGUAUUUUAGGCUUACAAAACACGCAUUUUAAGUAAAAAUAGUAGGGUAAUGCUUUAGAUGGCUUUUUGGAAAAUUUCCCUGAAUUUCAGGGUUUUCGUGGUGGGAUCAAAAAAUUUUUUCAAUUAUAUUUUUAUGUUGAACAUAGAUUUUUAGGCUUACAAAUCAUCAAUAUAAGCAACAUACCAUUUUAUUUUCGAUUUCGAAUUAUUUUCCUGAUUUUCAGGGUUUUCGUGAUGGGACCAAAUAUCUCGAUAAAACGAUUUUUUUUAAUUUUGUUGUAUGAAGUGAUAGAAAAUGAUUACAAAAGAUUAAUUUUAACAUCUUUCAGUAGCAUCCAACGUGAACGGCCUCUGCUUUACCUUGAGGAUAGUAUCAGGUCUGGUCACCGCAUCGGACCGACCAUUUCAAUUGAAAUUCGAAGAGCAUCGACCAAUUGGCCAAAUCCGAGCCCUGAGAAUGCUUCAGAUCAACGAGCUGGACAAAGUAAUUUUCCAACUACUAUCAGCAGUGGCACUACUAAAUGAAAAUGUCAAGAACGACAAGAAUAGCCGACCCCAACUGGCGGCCAUGGUAAAAUGCUCGCUACUAUCGAUGUGCGAAGAGGAAUGGGUAACAAAACGAAUGUUUUGGGCAUGCGAAACGGACCUGGCAACGGAUUCGGAUCAAAAACAGAAAAAGGAUGAGCUUUUCAGUUGUAAAAAGCUCAAGGAUAAUAGUGUGGUAAGUCUUUUUCAAUUUUCGAGGGCGGGGUAAAAAAUUUUUUUCGGUGGGAGGGAGAGGGGCGGAUGUGAAAAAAGAUUAAAAAAUGAAUUUUUGUGGGUUGGAAAAUGAAAAAGGAACAAAUUUUUGAAAAAAAAAUUUUUUGGGCGGGGUAAAAAUUUUUUUUAGGGUGGGGGUGGAUUUUUGAAAAAAAAAUCAAAACGUGCAUUUUUAUGAGUCGGGAAAUGAAAAAAAUGGGCAAAUCUUCGAAAAAAAUUUGGGCGUGGUAAAAAAAAUUUUUAGGGGGUGGAUUUAAAAAAAAUUUAGAUUUUUAAAGUUUUUUUAUUUGCAGGGUCAACACCUCCUCCGCCUAGCCCUCCGCCGACGUGCCGAACGAAAAGUGAAGCAAGAACUGAUAGUAUGCAAAUCCAAUUCUCGAAAGUCAUUACUCGAAAAACUGUUCACCACCAUAAAUCUCUGGAACUUCCACGCCACACUCUACGACCUACGCCAGCUAAUCAAGGAGUCCAACCCCAACCCCCAGUCCAAACACGCCUAUCAAGCCGCCGUGCACGCCGACGUACUCAGCUCGGAAAUAGCACGAUGCUGUGGCGAGUUGUUCGGCAAAGUCCAAAACGACCGGUCGCUUCUAGAAGCACCCCCUCUUCAUGAAUUCAAGCUAGCCGACCUGAACUGCUAUUGGCUGCUAGGCCCGCUGAUCAAGGACUGUCCACAGCCCGAGAACAUGCCAGCCAACUUUGUGAACUGUAGCGUGAAGGGCAAGUUCCUGAAGGACACGGCUACGCGACUAGAGAACUCGAAGCGCGAUGAGAAUCCAAAGAAAUUACCCAAUUUCCUAAGUCAACCCCCCUUUGUCAACCUGGUGUUGGCAUGCCUAGAUGGAGAAGAACAACAAGGCGAUGGACUAGCCUCGGCCCUGUUGAAACAGCUCCAGGAAUUGGUGAAUCGAGUGAAGGAAGACACGACUGUACCCCAUAGUCAUGAGUUCAUCAAUGAGGAACGAACCGAGCUGUUGUUGAGGUGAGUGGAUUAUAUUCAGCAGGGACGUUUUUACGGAUUUUUUAAGGGCGGAGUAGAAAAAGGGAUAAAGGGGGGGGUAGGGUAAAUAAGGGGAAGAAGGAGGGGGGGGGGGAUUAUAUUUAGAAGAGAGGUCACAGCAUUCAGCUGGGCCCUUGCUACGGAUUUUUUCUGAGGGUAGGGUGGAAAAUGAGGAGGGUUGAUUAAGGGGAAGUCUUUACAGAUUAGGGGGGGGAGAAAAAAAAUUAGGAAAGGGAGGGGAUGGACAAAAAUUUUUUUUUGGGUUACAGGUAGCUGAUACCUGUUUACAAGGUUUGGCUGGGAUUGUAAACGCGGUUUCGAUAAUCGGAGGUUUUCGUUGUGGGACCCAGGGGGAGAAAUUAAAAAAAAACGUUUGAAAAAAAUUUUUUGGGAAUGGUACGAGAAAAAACAAGUACCUACCCCUGCUUCUACCCCUACCUCUACUCUUGCUUUCACCUUUACUCUUACCUACGCAUAGCCCUUCCCCUACUCUUACUUUUACAAGCCAUAAGCGACUCAUACCACUACCUCUUUCGUCACUCUUAGCUCUACUCUUACCCCUUGAACUUGAUGUUAUGUUGUUUUACUCCUUUUCAUCAAACUCAUUUCAGACUGAAUUUGAUCAGUGGAAUGUUCGAAACCCUAAAAACCUCAUCAGUCGACCAAUGGUCCCUGGUCCUAUUCCAACUCAUGUACUACGGUAUCAUCUCUCCAGACAAGGACAAAGACCACUUCGAUGCCACUUUUGAUAUGUUGUCAAUGCUAAUCCACUCAACCCUCCAAUCCAGCCAAGACGGCGACCGCUGCCGAAGCCCAAUGUACAACACGGUAGUGAAGAAGAUCAAAAAAGAGCUCGGCGAACGCCUAAUACCAACCGACUUACACUGCCUACAACAACUCCUACCCAUACCCAGACGAAAGCUGGCCGACAACGCCGCCUGGGACCUUUUCGGCUAUCAACUACCCCAAAAAACCAAAGCACCAGAAGCCAAAAAUAGUCGUGUUGCAGUGGCCGAGUUCGCAUAUUCACCACAAGCCACCCGAAUCGACAAGUUCCCUCAAAUGGCACAGAAAAGCCUCAUCAGCCUACUACAACAUACCCAUUUCAAGGACUACAAAAUGCCCGGCAUUUGGGGAUGCAAAACAGAUCGACAACAAAACGAUCUGUUCUUACAGGUAGGAGUAUAUUUAUUUUGGAAAUUUGAAAAAAAAAUUUAUCGACCGGUCGAUAAUUUUUUUUUGAGAAAAUAUGUUUUUUGCAAUUUUUGUAGGCUUCUGUUAGGUACUGUUUGACAUUAAAUAGUACAAAAAUCGUGUCAAAAAACUUUUAAGAUUAUCGACCGGUUGAUAAUUUUUUUAAAAAUUUUUUUGCUACUUUUAUCCUUAUGUGGUACUAGUUUUUGGAAAUGGUUAAAAAAAUUUUUUCGACCAGUCGAUAACCCACUUUUUAAACUUUUAAAUUUAUUUCAGAUCCCAGAAGUUGAACGAGACCCGGACGAACCCGCCCCACCCGCCAUGCCACAGCCAAUGUUCGCCCAACCCUCAGGCAUGCCCAACUCACAAUUCCAUCAAAACCCACAAAUGAUGCACAUGGGACAGUCCCAACCUCAAAUGGGACCAUCCUCGUCGAUGGGCGGACAAAUGGGACCAGGCAGUCAAAUUCCAGGACAAGGUGGGCCAAUAGGACCAUCCGCAGGCAUGGGAUCGAAUAGUGGUAUGGGUGGCCAAAUGGGCCAAGCUGGUACUAUGGGAGGCCAAAUGGGCCAGGCUGGUUCUAUGGGAGGUCAAAUGGGACCAACUGGCGCUAUGGGACCAGGAAAUCCAAUGGGACCAAAUGGAGGCAUGGGAGGUCAGAUGGGCCAAGCUGGCACUAUGGCCCCCGGCAUGGGACCAGGAAACCAAAUGGGACCCUCAAACUCAAUGCCAAGUCAAAUGGGACCAAAUUCUUCAAUGCCAGGCCAAAUGGGACCAUCCGGACCAAUGCCCGGCCCCACAAACCCAAUGGCCGGCCAAAUGCCUCCAGGCGGCCCAAUGAACCCGGCCGGCAUGGGAAUGCCAAUGAACAUGCCCCAAAACCGAAUGGCCAUGCCCAUGCCCAACCAACCCCCACCUCAAGGAACCCCACCCCCGAACCGAGGCGGACGCGGCCGAAAAACCACCACCCCCACCCAACGCGGCACCAAACGCAAAUCCAAGACCAACCUCAUGGACCUACAAGACCAACCCCAACACCCAACCACCGCCAACUUCCCCCACGCCCCGCCCACGCACCACGCCCAACAACAAAUGAUGCAGCAGGGCUUCAGCCAACAACAACAACAACAAUGGCACCUACAGCAACAACAAAUGCGCAUGAGUCAGCAACGAAUGCAACAACAACCCCCGCAACACCCGCAACCCCAACAACCACAAAUGCCGCCGAACGUGCAGCAGGGCGCGGGCAUGCAGAACGAAACCAAACACCAACUACAAGAUGCGAUCUUGAGAAGGCAGCGGAGUAAGUCGAGGUCAACCGAGCUAGUCAUGGCUAGGAUCCUGGGGGAAGACACUGAUGAUCUUUGAGUCUUGGACUAGUCUAGGACUGGAUUAUUAUUUUUGGUUUUUUGGACUAAUGUAUGGCUAGAUUUUGUUUUUUUUGUGACAUAGGCUAGGAAUGGAAAUUAUUUUUUUAGGCUAGGGUAUGGGGAUUUUUGGGUCUUUAGGGGUGGCUUUUUGAUCUUUGAUUUUUAAGCUGCGAUAGAUUUGAAAUUUGAUUUUUGGGUCGGGCUUGGACUGAAAAUUUUUUUGGGCUAGGUUAAGGGAGAAAGUGGAUUUUUUGGCUAGGGUAUGGGUAAUUUUUGAUUUUUUUUUGGGUACGGCAGGGGUGGACUUUUUGAUUACUUGGGCUGGGUUAGGGGUGGGUUUUUUGGGGCAGGCUUGGACUGAAAAUGGAUUUUUUAGCUUAAAGUAGGGCUAGAUUUUGAUUUUACCGCCAAAAUCCGUAAAAUUUUGAAGUUUUCGUGCUGGGACCCAAAAAAUUUUUUUUAUAAAAAUUUUUAGUUUUAAACUAAAAAAUAUUAACUAGCCACUAAUUAUUGAACAUCCAACUUACUUUUUUUUGUUUAUUAUCCAAAAGUAUGGUUUUUAAGGUUUUCGUGCCAGGACCCAAAAUUUUUUAAUAGUUUUUUAUAGUUAACAUGAUUUUAUAGCAUUGUAAAUAUUAUAAUUUGGUAAUUUUAUGUUUAAUUAUUUAUUUAUUUUUUACAUUAUUUAUCUGUAUUUCAUCUUAUCUGUCAAUAAAUGGUCUUAUAUUACCUAAAAUUGGUCUGGUCUUUAAGGCAAGGUUAAUGUCAUAAAAAGUGACAUUUGUCAUGGAAUAUACAUCAUGAUAGUUAAUCUAUGAAGUGAAAAAACGUUUAGAAAACUUAUGUCUAUAUAAAAAAUGUCAUUUUAUCGCAAUACAAAAGCUUAUCAAUAAGAAAGUGGCAUAAAAUACUCAAAAAAGUCUAUACUAUCCAUGAUUUUUAAUGAAUUUUGAAGUUAAUCAGGCUCCCAUAGGACAAAAUCAGUGUUAAAACCCACGCCUACACUGUGACAAAUCAUAUCAUGUCUAUAAACAUCAUUUACAAUACAAAACAUACCUAAAAUGAAUAAAAAAGUCUAUAUUAUCCAUGAUAUUCGCUCUAUUUUGAAGUGAAUCAAGCCUAUUACCGUCUAAAAUCAGUGUUAAAACUCAUGACUAUGCUAUGAAAAGUCAAAUCAUACCUAUACACACCCUUUACAAUACAAAACAUCCGUGAAACCCUCAAAAAAAUCUAUAUUAUCCAUGAUUUUAGACCAACAAAUGCAACAAAACCGCCCAUAA